UGCAUGCACUUAUAUUCCAGAUACUUCUUCUAAAGAUCUAGAUACUUCUUCUGAAGAUAGUAUUGUUACAAAUACUUCAAAAUCAGAACUUAAACAAAAAUUAGAGUUUUAUAAAAAAAAGCCACU